UUUGUCUCCUCUUCUCCCCCAUUUUCUGUUCUAGUCUUUUGUUGCUUUUCAGAGGUAAAACCCUAACAGGAAAAGGUGCUAUGAGCUCAUCUUUGUUCUGAAUUCUUCUUUGAGCCCUUAGGAAAAGAGACCUCUGCAGAAAAUGACCACACCAUUGAUAGUGGGACUGUCUGUUGCUGCUGCUGCAUAUGCUGGAAGGUAUGGCAUCCAAGCUUGGCAAGCAUUCAAGGCCAGACCACCCACUGCAAGAAUGCGUAAAUUUUAUGAAGGAGGUUUUCAGCCUAAAAUGACAAGGAGGGAAGCAGCUCUUAUUCUCGGAGUAAGGGAAAGCACGCCACCAGAGAAAGUGAGGGAGGCACAUAGGAAAGUGAUGGUAGCCAACCAUCCAGAUGCAGGGGGCAGUCACUACCUUGCUUCAAAAAUUAAUGAAGCAAAAGACAUAUUGACUGGAAAGACUAAGAACAGCGGAUCUGCAUUUUAAUCUCAGCCGAGUCUCCUUGUUGCUUUAGAAGUUCCAAAUCACAAGGUAAUCGGGAGGUGUAUCAUGCUUUCUGGCACUAGACACUAAAAUUUUGAGUGGAAGUGGAUUAAUUCUUUGGACCAAGAAGCUGUAUAUUUAGUUGGAGAAGGCUUUGUCAGUUGUACGCUUUCACUGAAUGUGAAGAAGCUUAAUAUGGAGUAUUAAGCUAAUAUGUACUUUACUAAUUGAUGACACAGAUUCAUGGCUGAAGUUUGUUUCUUCUUUGUUAGGAUGCUGGAAACAAGCGAUAUGUGCUGAAUAAUCAGAUUAUUAUUAUACAACCCUGAUAGUUCUGAAUUA